GAAUAGAACUUUGGAAGGCUAGAACAAGACCAGACUCUCUAACAUCCAAAUCAACCUAAACUACCACCAAAGCACAAGACAGAAUGGCAGAUCCACAGUGGCAAUUUAUCGGGGAAGAAGACACACUCUCCAAGAAAAGAUGUCAGCGAUUGUUUGCAGAAUCGGGGAAAGAUGAUGAUAUAGCACUGUUCUAUACAGAGGGGAAGUUCUAUGCACUGGAGGCAUGGUGCCAACAUCAAGGUGGACCAUUAUUCAGUGGUGAUAUAGAGGAUCUAAAGGGUACAAGUAUCAAGGCUGUGCAGUGCCCCUGGCAUGGAUACAAGUUUAAGCUGGAAGAUGGGGAAAAUACAAACAUUCCUGGACUUAAUCAAAAGAAGUAUGACGUAAAAUGUGAGGAAGGAAAGGUCUAUGUGGACUGUACACACAAACUCUCUACACAGGAAGUUAGAUCUUGAUGGACAGCAUGAAACUUGUAUCCAGUAUUUCAGGGAGGUUCCUAGGAUCCAAAAAUAGGCAAGACGAAUUCUUAAGGUACUAAGUGCAUGGCAAAGAUGAAGUUAAAGUGGACAUGACUGGGAAGUGUGGAACGUAAUUUUAAUUGCCC